AUACAUACACUAAUUAUCAACAGCUGUUACUCCAAUUUCUCCUCACAAGCGGCUUGUUUAUAUAAGAACAUAAAUCCAUAAAUUGGUAAUAUGGUGGCAUUUAACAAAGCUUGUUUCUUCGCUUUCUUCAUUGUGUUUGGUAUUUUGAUACUGGAGAACGAGGUUGAGGUUAAAGCCGAUCAUGUUUAUUGCAUAGAUGAAUGCGACCCUCAAGCUGCCUAUAUGAUUUGCCCACCUCACAAUGAGAGGACUGAUGGUGUUUGUAAAAAUUGUUGCCAAAUUAAAUACUUUCCUGAACUACAGGGAUGCCACCUCUUCUCCGCUAAUGACACUCUUAUAUGUUAGUUUCUCAUUUGUACUCAUUGAUGUAGUUCCGAAAAAUUUUAUGGAAAUAAAACAAGUCACUUAAUCCAUUAUUUUUUAAUACUUUUUGUAACAUUCGUUGUUUGCACCCUAUUAAAUUAAUACAUACUCGAUGGGAUCAAUGUGUGUAUUUAAACAUUUAAUUAAUAAGAAGCUUUAAUUACUUAUAUAUAGAUACUUUUUUUUAUUAAAUAUCACGUGAUCCAAAUUAUAAGUACAUACUCAUCCGUAUAAAAUAAAACUUACAUGAGGCAAGGAAUGAGAGUACCAAUUUUGAAGAUCAAGCGAUAAACUAGUAACAUAUCU